AUGAACACGCCAAACAGUACUAGUACUACUAGUACCAGUCCUGAAGGAAACGACCUCAAUGCCCCAUCCACCUCGCCCUCCCCAAUGAGCAGAACCAACUCCGCCCCUCAGCUGGACCUGUACGGACAUGCAACCAGUACCGGGACAUCUGGCACAUAUGCCCCCCUGGGCCCCCACGCUGCAUUUUCCCCAUCCCCAUCGUCCAUUCCAUGGUCAGGAUCAAGCCAUUAUGGACUAAACAUGAGUAUCCCAAGUGCUGCUCCGACUCUUGCAAAUUAUCAUCAAAACAGUAGAGGACCUCCCUACAGCCAGAAUCCUCCUGGUAUGCCGACCCCCGCUAUAAUGCAACAGUAUUCCAUGAGCCAAAGUUUUGCGAGUCCUGGCACUCACUUCCAGGAUGCAAGUCCGGUUAAUAACCUUGCGCCAUACGGACCCCCACCCACUCAGGAAGCUUGCGAAAAGUUGAUAAAUGAUUUCGUCCAAAAGCAGGUAGACGAAAAAAUGAUAACUAUGGCGCAACAAUUAGAACAGUUAUCGCAACAAGUGAACGAAAAUACCACCAGCGCCACCACAAACAGUCAUACUGAGCCAAGCAGCAGGAGAGGCCAGGCAAAGGACAAGUGGCCGGCGAACGGACGGCCUGGUAUCGAACCCAGGACCUCUAGUGUGCAUCCAUACACUACUCGCCCUCAAUUUGGGGUGUUAGCCUCCAAAUUGAUGUACCGUGGCUUGUCCACCAUGAAGAAAUUCAACACUGCUAGCGCUAUAGACUUAUGUCAUGAAUUCAACUGAGGUAAACCAGGUGACUGGACAAAUGACAUAAAAUGGACAAGCCUGGUAUCGAACCCAGGACCUCUAGUGUGCAUCCAUACACUACU